CCACCAACCAGUGGUUCAUCCCAGCCGUGAGAGGGGACAUCCCUCCUGGGUGUGCAGCCUAUGGCUUUGUGUGCGAUGGGACCCGCCUGCUGGUGUUUGGUGGGAUGGUGGAGUAUGGGAAAUACAGCAACGACCUCUACGAGCUCCAGGCAAGCCGGUGGGAGUGGAAGAGACUCAAAGCAAAGACACCCAAAAAUGGGCCCCCUCCAUGUCCUCGUCUCGGCCACAGCUUUUCCCUUGUGGGUAACAAAUGCUACCUGUUUGGGGGACUGGCCAAUGACAGCGAGGACCCCAAGAACAACAUUCCGAGGUACCUGAACGACUUGUACAUCCUGGAAUUACGACCAGGCUCUGGAGUAGUAGCCUGGGACAUCCCCAUCACUUACGGGGUCCUGCCCCCACCCCGUGAGUCACAUACUGCAGUGGUCUAUACCGAAAAAGACAACAAGAAAUCCAAGCUGGUGAUAUACGGAGGGAUGAGUGGCUGCAGGCUGGGGGACCUGUGGACCCUUGACAUUGAUACUCUGACGUGGAAUAAGCCCAGUCUCAGUGGGGUGGCGCCUCUUCCUCGCAGUCUUCACUCGGCAACUACUAUAGGAAACAAAAUGUACGUGUUUGGUGGCUGGGUGCCUCUCGUCAUGGAUGACGUCAAAGUGGCCACACACGAGAAGGAGUGGAAGUGUACCAACACGCUGGCUUGCCUCAACCUGGACACCAUGGCGUGGGAGACCAUCCUCAUGGACACUCUAGAGGACAACAUCCCUCGGGCUCGAGCCGGCCACUGUGCUGUUGCCAUCAAUACACGCCUGUACAUUUGGAGUGGGCGUGACGGCUAUCGCAAGGCCUGGAACAACCAGGUCUGCUGCAAGGACCUCUGGUACCUGGAGACAGGUAAGGUGUCGGCCAGCCCAGCUCCCACCACUUCCACCCUCAAGCACAUCCAGUGCGGAGCCUCCUCCCCGUUCUCCUCAGGGGCAGCCAUGGGGCUGGUUCUUGUACCCACUGCAGGGACUCUUCAUAUACAAGCAUUAGCUGUGGGUUCCUUUAUAAAGGAACAGGAGGCGCCAGCAGACACCAUGGCGUGGGAGACCAUCCUCAUGGACACUCUAGAGGACAACAUCCCUCGGGCUCGAGCCGGCCACUGUGCUGUUGCCAUCAAUACACGCCUGUACAUUUGGAGUGGGCGUGACGGCUAUCGCAAGGCCUGGAACAACCAGGUCUGCUGCAAGGACCUCUGGUACCUGGAGACAGAAAAGCCACCGCCCCCAGCCCGGGUACAGCUGGUACGAGCCCACACCAACUCCCUGGAGGCGAGCCCUGCCCCAGCAGCAGCCGCACCUGCUGUGCAGCCGCUGACCCAAGUAGGCAUCACGCUCCUGCCCCAGGCCGCCGCCGCACCCCCGACCACCAGCACCAUCCAGGUCUUGCCUACAGUGCCCGGCAGCGCCAUUUCCGUGCCCACCGCCGCUAGGACCCAAGGUGAUCGGCAGCAGCCCACAGAUGAGUGGGAUGGCUUCACUGAAGCCGCAGCUGCUGCCACCCAGAAGAUCCCUCCUUCCUCGGCGCCCACGGUGUUGAGUGUCCCAGCUGGCACCACUAUUGUCAAGACUGUGGCUGUGACGCCUGGCACUACCACCCUCCCAGCCACUGUGAAGGUGGCCUCCUCGCCAGUCAUGGUGAGCAACCCAGCCACUCGCAUGCUGAAGACUGCAGCUGCCCAAGUGGGAACAUCUGUCUCCUCUGCUGCCAACACAUCUACCCGCCCCAUCAUCACAGUGCACAAGUCGGGGACUGUGACAGUGGCCCAGCAAGCCCAGGUGGUGACCACAGUAGUGGGUGGGGUCACCAAGACCAUCACUCUGGUGAAGAGCCCCAUCUCUGUCCCAGGGGGCAGUGCUCUGAUCUCCAAUCUGGGUAAAGUGAUGUCGGUAGUUCAGACCAAACCAGUUCAGACUUCAGCAGUUACGGGCCAGGCAUCUACGGGCCCUGUGACUCAGAUCAUCCAGACCAAAGGGCCCCUGCCAGCGGGGACAAUCCUGAAGCUGGUGACAUCAGCAGAUGGCAAGCCCACUACCAUCAUCACUACCACACAGGCCAGCGGGGCAGGGACCAAGCCCACCAUCCUGGGCAUCAGCAGUGUCUCCCCCAGCACCACUAAGCCCGGCACAACCACCAUCAUCAAGACCAUCCCCAUGUCGGCCAUCAUCACCCAGGCAGGCGCCACAGGUGUGACCAGCAGUCCUGGUAUCAAGUCCCCCAUCACCAUUAUCACCACCAAGGUCAUGACUUCAGGAACCGGAGCACCCGCCAAAAUCAUCACUGCUGUCCCCAAAAUUGCCACUGGCCAUGGGCAGCAGGGAGUUACCCAGGUGGUGCUCAAGGGGGCCCCUGGACAGCCAGGCACCAUCCUGCGCACUGUGCCCAUGGGGGGCGUUCGUCUGGUCACCCCCGUCACUGUCUCUGCUGUCAAGCCGGCCGUCACUACAUUGGUUGUGAAGGGCACCACAGGCGUCACGACCCUAGGCACAGUGACAGGCACUGUCUCCACCAGCCUCGCAGGAGCUGGGGGCCAUAGCACCAGCGCCUCCCUGGCCACACCCAUCACCACUUUGGGCACCAUUGCCACCCUCUCAAGCCAGGUAAUCAACCCCACUGCCAUCACUGUAUCAGCUGCGCAGACCACGUUGACGGCGGCCGGAGGGCUCACCACCCCCACCAUCACCAUGCAGCCUGUCUCCCAGCCUACCCAGGUGACUCUGAUCACGGCACCAAGCGGGGUUGAGGCCCAGCCUGUGCAUGACCUCCCUGUGUCCAUUCUGGCCUCACCUACCACAGCGCAGCCCACAGCCACAGUCACCAUUGCCGAUUCGGGCCAGGGUGAUGUGCAGCCUGGCACUGUGACGCUAGUGUGCUCCAACCCACCCUGUGAGACCCACGAGACGGGCACCACCAACACAGCUACCACCACUGUCGUGGCUAACCUUGGGGGACACCCCCAGCCCACCCAAGUGCAGUUUGUCUGUGAUAGGCAAGAGGCAACUGCUUCUAUCGGGACCUCAACUGUUGGGCAGCAGAAUGGCAGUGUGGUCCGGGUCUGCUCGAACCCACCCUGCGAGACCCAUGAGACGGGCACUACCAGCACCGCCACCACCGCCACCGCCAACAUGGCUGGUGUGGCACUGGAGGCCGGGGACCACAGCACUGCUUUUGUGCAGUUGACCCCUCUGAAUGCCAACAAGGACAUGCCUGUGGGGCGCCAGCUGGAGAUGCAGCACACCCACUCGACCAGCACCUCCAGCACGGCCUGCUCCACCAUGGGUGCGGGGGAGCCCAGCGUGGCACGGGGUGCCCCCACUCCUGCAUAUGACAGCCUCCAGACCAGCUCGCUCGGUGCCACCAUGACUGGGAUGGCCCUGGAGGUGCUGCUGGCCCCCUCGGCCACUGUGACCCAAGUCUGCUCCAACCCACCUUGUGAGACCCACGAGACAGGCACCACCAACACAACCCAGGCAGCGCCCAGCGGGACCCUGGAGUCUGGCUUGGAGGUGGCAGCGCCGACCACCGUCACCUCCCAGGCUAGCGCCACAUUGCUGACUCCUUUUCCAACACAAAGGGUGUGCUCCAACCCCCCAUGUGAGACCCAUGAGACUGGUACCACCCACACGGCCACUACUGUCACCUCCAACAUGAGCUCGAACCAAGACCCCCCACCAGCUGCCAGCGAUCAGGGAGAGGUGGAGAGCGCCCAGAGUGAUAGCGUGAACAUCACCAGCUCCAGUGCCACCACAACCACUGUGUCCUCCACGCUGACGCGGGCUGUGACCACUGUGACGCAGUCCACACCAGUCCCAGGCCCCUCUGUGCCGUCUCCCCCGGGUGCUCUGACUACCAAGGCCCCCCUCCCAGCCACGAUAACAGUGACCAUAGCCAACACAGAAACUUCUGACAUGCCCUUCUCUGCUGUUGACAUCCUGCAGCCCCCAGAGGACCUCCAGGUCUCCCCAGGGCCUCGCCAGCAGCUGCCACCCCGGCAACUCCUGCAGUCUGCCUCCACACCCCUGAUGGGGGAGGCCGCCGAGGUCCUGUCCGCCUCCCACGCCCCUGAGAUCCAGACCGCCGUGGAUCUGAGCAGCACGGGUGACCCGUCUUCAGGCCAGGAGCCUGCCAGCUCAGCCGUAGUAGCCACCGUGGUGGUCCAGCCUCCCCCGCCCACACAGUCUGAAGUAGACCAGUUAUCACUUCCCCAAGAGCUGAUGGCCGAGGCCCAGGCAGGCACUACCACCCUCAUGGUAACAGGGCUGACCCCUGAGGAGCUGGCGGUGACUGCAGCUGCUGAGGCAGCCGCCCAGGCCGCCGCUACAGAGGAAGCCCAGGCCCUGGCCAUCCAAGCAGUGCUUCAGGCUGCACAGCAGGCUGUCAUGGAGGGCCAGGAGGGCCAGGCCACCACCAUUCCUAUCGUGCUGACCCAGCAGGAGCUGGCUGCCCUGGUACAGCAGCAGCAGCAGCUGCAGGAGGCCCAGGCCCAGCAGCAGCACCACCACCUGCCCACUGAGGCCCUGGCCCCUGCUGACAGUCUCAACGACCCAACCAUUGAGGGCAACUGCCUCAGCGAGCUGGCUGGUGCAGUGCCCAGCACUGUGGCCCUGCUGCCCUCAACAGCCACUGAGAGCCUGGCUCCAUCUAACACAUUUGUGGCCCCUCAGCCGGUUGUGGUGGCCAGCCCAGCAAAGCUGCAGGCUGCGGCCACCCUAACGGAAGUGGCCAACGGCAUUGAGUCCCUGGGUGUAAAGCCAGACCUGCCUCCCCCACCCACCAAAGCCCCAGUGAAGAAGGAAAACCAGUGGUUUGAUGUGGGGGUGAUUAAGGGCACCAAUGUAAUGGUGACACACUAUUUCCUGCCACCAGAUGAUGCUGUCCCAUCAGACGAUGACUCAGGCACAGUCCCUGAUUAUAACCAACUGAAGAAGCAGGAGCUGCAGCCUGGCACAGCCUAUAAGUUUCGUGUAGCCGGCAUCAACGCCUGUGGCAGGGGGCCCUUCAGUGAGAUCUCCGCUUUCAAGACAUGUCUGCCUGGUUUCCCUGGGGCCCCCUGUGCCAUUAAGAUCAGCAAAAGUCCAGAUGGCGCUCACCUCACCUGGGAGCCUCCCUCCGUGACCUCUGGCAAGAUCAUUGAGUACUCUGUGUACCUGGCCAUCCAGAGCUCGCAAGCCGGUGGUGAGCCAAAGAGCUCGAGCCCAGCCCAGCUGGCCUUCAUGCGGGUAUACUGCGGCCCCAGCCCCUCCUGCCUGGUGCAGUCCUCCAGCCUCUCCACCGCCCACAUCGACUACACCACUAAGCCCGCCAUCAUCUUCCGUAUCGCUGCCCGCAAUGAGAAGGGCUAUGGUCCAGCCACGCAAGUCAGGUGGUUGCAAGAAACCAGUAAAGACAGCUCAGGCACCAAGCCAGCCAGCAAGCGACCCAUGUCCUCACCAGAAAUGAAAUCCGCUCCAAAGAAAUCUAAGGCAGAUGGUCAGUGAGAGGAAGCUGACCAGUACUUGGAUUCUUCUCCAGCCCCCCUUCUGCUUCAGGAACCACCGCCAGGGCCACCACUCCCAUCCCCUCAGCCUCUGCACCCCAUCACGAGCCGCCGGCCACCAUUCAUUCUCCCUCCUUUCUCUGUUUUUAAACUAAUCUAAAUCUAAAGAAAGCACAUUUUACCAUUGCUGUUGGGAGAAAGCCGGAGGCAGUGGGGAAGGGGCAGUGAGAGAGAGUGUUCCUCCUCCCCAUUCCCCAACACCUGCUCCUGGGGCUGAGCCACUAUUCCGCGCUUCCGUGGCCCUUGCCCAAGUGGGCAGCCUAUAGGAGGCUGGGAGAGCGCCCCCGGCCCCUCUGAGAGGCUUUCCUAGGCUCCAGCCUGUGUGCCCCGCUGCGGUUUUAUUUCAUUUCUUGCCGCCCCCUUUCCCCAGGCCUAGCCAGCCCCUCUGCCCAGCGACCCCACAGGAAGCUUACACAUUUUCAGAGGCCUUUGUGCUCCCACCUCCUCUCCCCUCUUCUUUCCCACUUAAGAAGAAGAAAAAAAAAAAUGGGGGGAAGGAGGCGGCCUGAGCUGCUCUGGCAACUUCCCUUUCAUGGGCGGGGAGUCCUGCCC